GCAUUCAUGCUGCAGCCGAAGAGGAAGCGGCUGAGCGCGAGGCAGUUUUUCAAGGCUCAACGACAUUUCGAAGGAGUACCAGUCUGUCGACAUCAUAUUCCUCCAGGGGACGACGGUCAGGAGUCGAGGGGAACCAUCGAGGCGAGAACAUUUAUUCGAGCUACGGUGUGUUCAUCUUUAACGGUGGCAGUCUCCCUCGCCAUCGGCCAGCUCCUGGUGGGGGCGGUCGUGAAGCAGCGUGGCUUCGCCGAGCCAGUCGUCAAGGUGUUCAUGGCGCUCUUCUGCAUGAGGGAGUUCCGCAUCCUGUCCCUGCUCGGCGCGGUCUUCGGGGUGCUGAAGCUGGAGAUG